AUGACUAAAGCUGUGAGAAAUUUAAAUAAAUAUGUGAAUUUUGUUAAAAUUAAAAAUAAAUGGAAUGAAAUUGGUAGUAGUUGUGUAAAUAAAAACAAAAAAAUUGGUAGAUGUAUUAAAGUAUAUGAAUUUGGAAAUUUAAUUAAUGAUGGAAAUAUUAAGUAUAUGUUUAAGAAUGAAGGUAAAUUAUUGGAUUUGAUUCUUUUUCUGUUAUGUCACACCCCUAAAUGA